AUGCGAGUUAUAGCAGCAAUUACUUUAUUUGCAGCUACAUUAGAUUUAAUGGCAGAUUUUUUAUUAUGUAGUAGAUUAGCUGAAUUUCUCCACAAUUUUCAAUCAGAAAGAGCACGUUUAUGUGCCUAUGGUUAUUUUUUCUUUACUGGGGUUUCUGUACUUGUUUAUAUUUUUGAAAUUGUUGAUGUUUGUUUAACUCUAAAAAAUGAAGAAGAAGAUUUAUAUUUUGCAAGAUUGGCUAAAUCUAUGGUUCUUGUAUUUGAAGAAGUAAAUUAUUUUUAA